AUGCUUCUCGCUCGAUUCUUUCUUUUACUACUGAUCUUGAUCUAUGCUUCAAUUAAUAAUAGUCAUCAAAACGAACGUUCUUUUUUAACUAAAAAUUCUAAUCAAAGAAUAAAACGAUUUUUCCAUCGUAAAUCAUCCAAAUCACAAUGGAAUACUGAACAAUUGUUGAAAAACAAUCAACCAAACACUAAACUAAAUAAUAACAGUUUAUUCUCUCGAAAUCCUAAUGAAAAACAAUCAAAAAGUGAAACUAACAAAGGAUACACUCAACAAGAUAUUGCUGAAAUAAAACGAAUACUUUUCAAAAACGAAAAUGAUUAUUAUGGUAUUCUUAACAUUAAUAAAGACGCAACACGAGAUAAAAUUAUUAAUGCUCAUAGAAAAUUAACUUUACUUGUGCAUCCUGAUAAAAUAAAUGCCCCUGGUGCUACAGAAGCAACACAACGGCUUAAUAAAGCUCGUACUGCACUAUUGAAAAAAUUUGAAAAUCAAAAUAACGGUAUUAAAUCGUCUUCUAAAUUUAAAACAAUAAUUCUUUUGAUAUAUUUAUUAAACAAGGAUCUAUCAGUAUUAUCAGAAACAAAAAAAGAUGCUAUAAAAAUAAAUUCAUUACAUAAUAAAUUUAACUAUCUUAUAUUAACUUUUAUUGUAUUAACACUUGGAAUCCCAACUUUUAUUAUCUAUUGGAAAAAACGACAACGUCAUUCAUAUCCAUUGAAUGUUGAAAAUAUUUCCAAAAAACAAAAACUUCCUCCAACUUAUGAUAGUCCUGAAUCAGACGAUGGUGAUGCAAUAACCACGAACGAAAAUAGAGAAAUAUCGAUGAUUACAGACGAAGAACGGACCAACUUGGUUAAUCAUGUAUUUUUUCCCAAGUAA